AUGGCAACACCUGAAGGAAAAUCCCACCUGGCCAUUGUCCAGAAAGUGAACAACGAGGGGGAGGGAGAUCCUUUCUACGAGGUAUUGGGUUUAGUCACCCUUGAAGAUGUGAUCGAGGAGAUAAUAAAAUCAGAGAUUCUGGACGAAUCGGACCUUUACACUGAUAACCGGCACAGGAAAAAGGUGGCACCAAAUAAGAAUAAGAGAGACUUCUCUGCCUUCAAACACGAGAGCGAAUCAAAAGUGAAGGUCUCUCCUCAGCUGCUGCUGGCCGCCCAUCGCUUCCUGGCUACAGAGGUGAGCUUGUUCAGCCAGUCUCAGAUCUCAGACAAGGUGCUGCUGCGGAUCCUGCGUCACCCCGAUGUGAUCCAGGAGAUCAAGUUCAACGAAAGCGACAAGCGCUCGCCCCAUCACUACGUCUACCAGAGGGGCAAGCCUGUCGACUACUUCGUUCUCAUCCUGCAGGGACGAGUGGAGGUGGAGGCCGGUAAUGAGAACAUGAAGUUUGAGACCGGACCGUUCUCGUUCUACGGUGUCAUGGCACUCAAUGCUCCCACACUGGUGGCUGCACCUCGUCCUCGCCACCUCUCCUUUAAGAGGUUUUCUCUGUUCUCUUGGUUGCCAGGUAAAACAGUUUCCUAUGACUCACUGAGGCCCCCUGCUGGAAGAUUCACACCUAAUGAGUUUCGUUCACCGUCCCACCUCAGCGGGUUGAACCGUACAUCCUCUCUGAGCGGAGCCGACCGGACAGAGUCGCUCUCCGUCAGCGGCAGCAACAGCCAGCUCAACAACAGCAUCCCCUUGCAGCAGUACACACCCGACUUCUACGUCCGAGCGCUCACCGACCUGCAGUUCGUCAAGAUCACACGGGCCCAGUACCAAAACGGCCUGAUGGCAUCUCGUCUGGACAGUACGCCCCAGUCCCCGGAGAGCGGCCACAAUAUGGGUCGCCUGGAUCAGACCCCUCCCCCAGCCACCGCCAACACCACCAUCACGGACCUGGGAGCGGACUCCACCCCUACGGAGAACGGACCGGACGAGACGACGCUUCUCCUCCUCAAUGAGCAGAACUCACCGCACACAGCCAACCACCACAGCCAGUUGGAAAACAGCAUUUGACACCCCCCCUCUCCCCCCCUUCCAUACGUUUGCACGCAUGCACUACUACGCUCGAAUGUAUGUUGAGGAGGGGAGGAGUGUGUGUGUCUGUGUGUGUGUGUGUGUGUGUUUGUGUGUGUGUGUGUGUGUGUGUUUGUGUGCGUGUGUGUGUGUGUGUGUGUGUUUGUGUGGUGUGUGUGUGCGUGUUUGCACAUGCUCCUUAAUGUAUUAACUGACGACGAAGAUCUGAAGGACCUGCUUGUCUGGACCGGAAAGCCCCUCCCUCUCUCUCUCUUUCUCGCCAGUCAACGUUAGCGGCGUUCAGAGGCGACUUUCUUCCUCCUUCUGUGCGUGCGUGUUUUUAAAUGUGUGUGUGUACGCGUUGCUUCCAACUCACUGUCCCUAAUCAGAGACUCAGGGAGACUCCGCCCUCCUACCCCACCCUCCCCUCCUUUGCCCACGUACAUACAUGCAAGCGCAGUCGAAAGCCGCCAAACAAGCCACGCCGCAUGUGUAGCAUCCUGCAUCACCUCCUCACCAUCCAUACAGCUAUAAGACAAAGACGACCCGAGCAUGUCAGCAGAGUUCAAACAAAGUAAUAUAUGUUCCGUAGAAAUUUAUAGUGAGAUAUUUAUUGAUGACUUCAGUGUGCGACGGACACACAAAACUCCUACUGACUCUUUUUUUUUGGGGGGGGGAAGGGUUCGGGGUGGAUUUCUAUACAUAUACAUAUAUAUAUUUUUUUUUUCCUUCUUCUUUCCUUGAUAGAAGCAGUGUGUAGCCCAGAGCCUUUAUCCAAGAGUUGUUAAGAGAUUUAGCAGCAAUAGACAGCCUGUCUGUUUCGUGAUUAAGACAAUCAAUAUGAUUAUUAUGAAUGUGUUAAAUUAAAUGUGUAGGGUACGUUAACUGUGGCCAAGGUGCUCUCGAACGGCCUCCGCUCUGUGAAAUAUUUUGCUUGCUUCUCUUCGAUUUUCACAAACGACAGAUCUGAAAAGACGCGAUGUUUCGGUUUCAGAUGAAUCAGGUCGCGUAGGAAUCAGUUUUCACAAACGGUGGACGGUAUUUGAGAGCACAGAGACGUGGCGAGUCCUUUCCUACUUUAUAAGCGAGGGUGCAUAUGUGUGUUUGUGUGUGUAUGUGACCAAAAUGGCCAUCAACAGACUUGGUGGGAACAUAAACCAAAAGAGGGAAGCUUGAUCACAUUCUGACUAGAACAUACUUAGAAAUCUGAAACUUUAUUUAUUUUAUUGAGUUCGAUGUGUGUGUGUGUGUGUAUACGUUAAUGUCAAUGAGGGGACGAGAAAUGUGAUUUUUAUUUUGCCUCGUUGGGAGAUUUUACAUGUUAAAUGUUCCUUUGCGUUCAGAGGUUACGUUUGGGUUUCCUUUUUUGUAAUUCAGAUCUGGGGGAAGGGGGGCACUCUAGCAUACUGAACAGCGAACCUUAACAUUUAUUGUUGUUUGUAUUUCUGCAGCCAAACACACCGUUCAACACUGGCAUCAGCCAAAUUUUGUCAGUUUUUACGGGAAACAAUAUUGUAUAUUUUCUGAUUAUCACAAUGCACACACUCCACUUAUAUUUUACUGUACCUUCUGAGGAGAAAAUCUUUCCUAAAACUCAAUUUUAUGUCUUGUGACGGAUUUUCUUUGCCUGAUUUCUAGCAGAGCCACAUUGGUGUUUCAUAAUUUUUUUUUUUUUUUUUUGUGAUAUACAGCAUGAAAAGUAAAUCACACAUCAAGUUUUUGUUUUUAAAACCAAAGAGAUAGGGCUGCUUUCUUGUCUAGCUAUUUCUGUAACAACAACAUGUACCAGAAUGCAAUGCAGCCUUGUGAAAAGUUUUUAUUUUUAGUAAGCAUUGCUCUCACUUUCAUCUCUCAUCAGUAUCGCUACAUAUUUUUUUAAUAUACCUAAAUCACAGGUGACUCGAUCUGCUCUUUUAAUGUUGUGAAAUGGGAUUCUGGGAAGCGUAGACAAUACACACUAAAGGAAAGUGGGUACACCAAAUACAACACUUAAUUUCAAAAGGCACAGAUCAUCAUAAAUUGAAGAUCCCUCUAGUUUAUGAAGGUGGAUUUUUUUUUUUUUAAUAUUGCUGCUUUCCUGAGAUCAACAGCAUCAGAUUCUCAAUCAACAACACUGACAUGUUUUCAGAUCACUAAAUUCCACUUCUGUCAAUGAACGAACAGUGUGACAUUUUGUUUUAAGUAGAACUACCGAAGCACUGUUUUGGUUGCUAUUUGGCGUUCUGAAAGAGGAAUUGUCAAAUUUGUUUCCCUUUUUAGCAUGGAUCUGAAACCAAAGCUUGACAAAAUGAUGAUCUAAUUUCUCUUUCCAAAUGAAUUGGAAUGACUUGUUAUUUUGAGCUUGUCAUACCUUUCAUGAGAAAAACUAAAAUAUCACAAACAUUUUAGGAAAAUGUAUCUCACAUUGUUGAGUGUGUGACGAUGGGCUGAUUAUGGGUCUGAGCUCGCCUGUCCUGGUGUUUUGUUUCUUCAACAGUAUGUCAACGAUUUAUCUACAAGUUGCUUCAUCACUUUACAUGGAGAUGCUUUUAUAUUCCAGUUUAUUAAGUGGUCAGUUAACCUAAACUUUGAGUUUGUAACACAGUGUGCCUCACACUGCCUUAAAAUCACUUCAGUUUGAGUCUGAUGUCCAGUUUACCUGAUCUUUUAUACGUUGUGGUACUUUCCCAUUUAUUUUCUUUAAUUGGCAAAUGUUCACAGUUACCCUUAUCAUAUUUUAAUGUGGAAUUCUACAACACUAAAAUCCCAGCAGAAUGGAUUUUACAAAUAUAUUUGGUUGAGUUAAACCUCAGUGGGCAAGGAUACAGGGGUUUGUUUGUUGUUGUUCUUAUUUUUGGUUAGCUUACUAGUAAAGGAGGCAAAUAAUGCAUUACGGUUUGUUGGUAUGGGGCUGCGUAACAUUAUGACCACCUGGGCACCUUGGUGGUCAUAAUGUUAUGGCCGAUCGGUGUGUAUAAGUGUGUUAUGUGUCAGUCGAUUAAUCACUGAAUAAAAUCAAACCAAAGCCGCAUAUAAAAAAAACAAAUACAAUUCUUCAGUCAGCUAUUGCUUACAGUGCUGACUAGUGCUUUUUUGCAGCUGGUAACUCUUUGUUAGACUAGUCACUAAAAAGGUCAGGAGGCUAGUUAUCUGCAUAAAUUACUCAAGCUAGUUUGAAUUUGGAACAUCAGCUAAGCUAGCUAAAAUCUCAUCUCAGUGUCUUUCUGUGAAGAGGUUUCUUUAACUUUGAAACAUAUCUCUUGGGUUAAAUAUCCAUAUUCCUAUGUCCUAAAGAUAAAUGGGUAUGUACAGUACUGUAAAGCGCACAACUCCAUGUGUUACUCUAUGAUUCAGUCACAUAGCGAGCCCAACACAAAUCUUCGUCGAAAAGUCACUGUGUUUUGUUGUUGUUUUUUUCAGAUGUGUUAUCCAGCAGCAGGUUUCAUUUUGUAUUAUUUGUGAUCCCACACAUGUUCACCGUCCUCCCCAAAGGAUAAAGUGUUGUGUGGUCCGGUGCAGUCUGGGGGAAAAAUGUGUUUCUUCUCGGUGAGACAUUGCAUGAUUUCGUGCAGCCUGUGGACAUCUGUGAGCUCAUGAAACUCCCUUUCAAGAUACAAUCUGCUGCUGUUUUGACUAUUCCUCUCAGGUCUGUGUUGCAAACGCUCUGUUGCUCCAUCAUUGAGAAAUGUAUAGAGUGCUGAUGUCACAAAUGGGGCUGGCAUUGGAUAAGAAUCAUGAGAUAUGUUGUUAAAUGCUGACAAUAUCUUUGUUUAAAAGAAAAAGUCACAUUUUACUAUCCAGUUCAAUAGUUAAUACCCAUUUAUCUUGUAUAAUGGGGACUGAAAGCACCAACAAGUGUAAUCUUUUGAGAAUGUCGAAAAAGAAAACCUUUUUGAGAAAAUCCUGGUAAGUUAAAGCUAGUGUCAUGUAAUGAAAAUAGCUUUAUUUUGAAAGGUACUUAUUCACCACCCACUGAUUUUAACUGAACUAAUGGGUUUUUUCUGCAUUUAGCAGAAAUAUUUCUGUCUAUAUUUUUAGAUUAUAGCUCAUCAUUGUUAUUUUGUGAGUAAAGAAAAUUUAAAAAGCCCAGACUCCUCUGUGAUUAAAGCACUUUAGCAAAGGAAAGCAGUAUUUUUCCCAAAAGACCAAAGUUUGCCAAAGUUGCCGGCUCAGUGACUUUGUUGCAAUACUGUUACUGACCAGGAUUUCAUAAUAAUUUCUUCUCCUUUACAUGACACAGGGGUUUUUAAAAAAAAUGUUGCCGUCAUGGUCUGUACAGAAACAAAAAGAGAAGCUUAAGGAACUCACUGACUCUGUUGCCUUCACUAUCUUUUAAUGACUGUUAAUUAUUUUUUUUUUGUGCUCAUUCCUGAAUUAUAUUUUACAAACACACACACAAACACACUCCCAUUUCAAAGGACUGUUUAUGAUCAUUUUGUAGAUUUAUAUGGCUGAGAUUGUUGUUCAAAUGUUUUUGUUUAUGUGCGUGCCUGGCCUGUGUACCCCCACCUGUUUUAAAUUGUACAGGGUUUGGGUUCAUUAUGUAUGUGUGUGAAUGUUUGUGAAUCAAGUGUGGUUAUUUUUUGUACCUCAGAACACUGUCAGUAAUUGUGGUAAACAGUAAUUUUUUUUAUUUGUCAUGGAAUUUAAUUUGGGAACAGAGCGAAUGGAGCGACUGGCGUUGGGGAAGAAAUAAACUGAUUCUCCUUCAUUCUCUCUGGCAUGCUGUAACUUAAAAAAACAACAACAGACAAACAAGGUGUAAAUACUGUUUUAUAAUUUCUGUCUUAAUGAGUUUUGAAGAUGAAGAAAGUUAUUAAUAAACCUGAGAUAUAUUUCUCUAUGGA